AUGAGGGCGAAGUUUACUGAUGCUAAUUUCCCGAGAUCCGAGGAUGGUCGAGUGUACCAUCUUGGUCUCCGACUGGGGGAACUUGCCAAUCGAAUCGUCACUGUAGGCGAUCCUCAUCGAGCUCUCAAAUUGGCGGAGAAGUUCGACCACAAUGAUGGUGGUAUCAUCAAAGUAGAGAGCGACCGCGGUUUCCUAACCAUGACAGGCACAUACAAGGGUGUACCCCUGAGUGUCGUUGCGAUAGGCAUGGGUUUCGCAAACAUGGACUUCUUCGUGCGGGAGUGCCGGGAAUGUGUCGAUGGAGACAUGUACAUCAUCCGAUUUGGUUCUUGUGGCGGACUUGCUAACGUACCUGCAGGCUCUGUUGCAGUGCCUGAAGCCAGUGUUGCCAUAACGAGGAAUUACGAUUACGAUUUCACUUCCUCCAGGACAGGAGAUGGUUUCGCAAAGGAUGCGUAUCGAAUCAGCAAACCGGUACCCGCAGAUCCUUAUCUCCGGAAAAAGCUGGUUGAAUCAUUGAAACAACUCGCUCCACCUGGCUCAAACAUACUGGACACUUGUGUAAAUGCAUCCGCAGAUUCCUUCUAUUCCUCUCAAGGGCGUCAAACGGCAUUCUUAGACCAUAACGAAAAUCUGAUCGAGUAUGCGUUAUCCGUCGUUCCAAAACUAAGGAGUUUGGAGAUGGAGACUUUCCACCUGCUCCACUUAGCCCAUGUCUUUCAACCAUCCAACACUGCGAGCGACGAAAUUCCGCUGUCGAAGCUCAGUGAAUCAUCUGCUGUUCCCCCGAUAAGCCUCCCUGCGUCACAUACAACGACGCCGAGUGGGGCAGGAUCACAUAAUAUCACACCUCUCAAGGAAAAGUUGCAUGUGGCAACAGAGGGUCGAAGAUGGCAAGGCAGGAUAUGUGCAUGCUCCGCACAAAUGGUAUUUGCAUCCAGGACAACAAAUGAUAUUAUUACGCCGGAGCUGGUUGGGUCUCUUCAAGAUUGGGCAGGCAGAGCAUGUAUGGAAGCUUUGAUCUCCGCGUAG